AUGGAUGUAGAAGAAGAAGAAGAAGAAGAAGAAGAGGGGCUUACUGUUGAUUCGCAGUUAAAACAGAGGGCGAUUAUCAAACAGGAAGAGAAGCAUCCGGAAGCAUCACCAGAGAGAGUUAGGGUUUUUAAUUUUAAGGGAAAUGAGACAUCUAAUCGCGAUAACACCCGUUCAUUCCCAUUUUUUAACGAACUACAUGCUCUAUUCACCGAAAGAGCAACAAACACACCACAGACACCCUUUGACCCUGAAGCUGGUUCUAGCCAGUCAAAGUCAAGGAAACGGGUCGCAAGAACUGAUUCUUAUCAAUCACUUGAAGAAAUCUUAGAAGAUGAAGACGAAUAUGAAGACCAACCAAGGAAGAAACCCGUUAGGGGAAAACAGCCGCAGACAUCAAAUAUUGACAAACCUGCAACUCCAAAACCGUCGAAUUCAGGAAACAAUUCGAUUCAAGAGAUUUUGCAUGAUUUCUUUCAGCAGCAGAAGAUGAUUGACAUGUAA